AAAGUAGAGAAAAUAUACAUCAAUAAAAAAGAAAUACCAAAUUAGAAAAAGAAAAAGAAAAUGAACUUAAACAAAUCCAGAUUGCGCGUAUUAUAUAUAUUAUGUAUAUUAUAUAUUUUACAUGUAUAAUAAUAUAAAAUUUAUUCGGAUUCAUUUAGAACUCACAUUUUAGUGAUAAAUAAAAUCGGAAUAUAUUAACAUUUUAUUACUUCAGUCAAAGAGGUAUUUUUUUUUUUUAAUUCUGGAAGGAAAUAAUAUUGCGAUUUUUAAAAAGAUACAAAUAACGUCCUACUAACCUUCAGAAGUACAGUCAAACCAGAAGGUCUCACCUCAGCAAACUCACAACGUGUGGAAGUUUCCCGUUUUUUAAUAUAAUUUAAAACAUUUUCAUUAAGCCUAUUUUUAUUCCCUCCCCCACCUUUCAAAAUGAGUGACCCAUCAAACUACGACCCAAAAAUUGCUGCCACUUUGUACGACACCUUCGGAGACUAUAUGGCCAAACCAACCGUUGUAGGAGAGUGCUCAUGCAGCUAUGCCCUCAACGUUUUUCUCGGAUUAUUGUUAUUCAAUGUGAUGUUAUACUUGUCCUACAUCGUUGGUAAAAAGGAAAUCUUCCAAAAACUUAAAUACCACGGAUAUUAUUAAACGGAGGAAAGAAAAAAAAAGAAAGAAUGAAGGAAAAAGGACUUUACGAUGAUAUAUGUACGAGAAGAAGUACAUCGCAUCAUGUGCAUAAUUGAUAGCUGACCAUAAGAGAGUAGCAGAGGGCGUACAUAUAUUUGUAUAUGUAUAUAUAUGUACGCCUGCGCGUGAGAAAGGAUGCACUUACCAAAUGAGAAGAACCUACCUUGUGGCUUGUGGAGCAGGGGGGUUUACCCCUGCUUGCAUCAGAAGAACACGGAAUAUAUAGUGUACGCACUUUAUUAUGCAGACGCAUAUCCUAUUAUAUAAUGUACACAUGAGUAUAUGUAAAUAUAUAUAUAAAUAUAUAUAUAUAUUUGUAAACGUUUCGCAAUUGGUGUUUACUACAAUUCAGCAAAAUGGAGGUGACCUUUCGAAAUAAUAUGUUGUUAUGUUUUUAUAUUUCUUUCGAAGCUACAUUAUUUCUGAAGCUUGUCGUGCACCUAUUUAGAGAAGGAAAAAAAAGUCCUGUUUUAUAUACCAAGAUUUAAGAGCUACUUUAUGUAUAUUUUUUUUUUUCCCUUAUGUUAAUAAAAAAUUAUAUAUUACUACAUUAUUAUGUGAUGUUGAAUUUUUUCUAUUAAUCCUUUUUUAUAAUGAUAUAUAUCUCUGCGCACAUACAUGAUAACUGUGCAUAUAAUAUAUGCAUGUAUGUAUAUACAUAUAAUGUACAUAUAUAUAUACAUACAUACAUGUGUUUAUUUUCCAUGUUUUAAUUCAUCAGAGGUUAAAACGAAUGUUUUUUAUUUAUUUCUUCUAAUUAAAUAUAAAUUUUUGUCUUCUUACAUACCCCAUAUAUUAUUAUAUCAGUUCUAUUUUUUCAUAAACAAUGCC